AUGACAUCUUAAUUAACCAAACCAGGCAGAUCAUCAGUUCCCAAAUGGCAAUUGCAUCACCCUCAUCACUGCCAAGGAAUGGCUUGAGAGGAAGUCAAAUAUGGAGUUUGAUAUGACUUUUUUCCGUUUUGUUUAAAUGGCAAAGACAAUGUGUUGGCUUGGUUGGGUCAAGAGGUUAUUUACCUCUGACCCCAAAAUUAAAUCAGAGACAAAGAAACAAAGAAAGUGGAGAUGGAUUACUGAAAGAUUCAAGAAUAAGAAGCAGCGCCAAGCAAUUGCAGCAGCCCCACAAAGAACACUAUGUAAAGCAACAGAGGAGAGAAGAAGGCAGGCUUUGAGUGUUGCUGCUGCCACAGCAGCUGCGGCGGAGGCUGCGGUUGCUGCCGCCAAUGCUGCAGCCGAGGUCGUCCGCCUAACGUCCACUUCUGGCUUCUACAGUCCAUUUUCGAGGAGAGAUCGAAUCUCGGCCGCGAUUAAGAUUCAAAGCGCUUUCCGUGGACGUCUCGCAAGGAAAGCACUAAGAGCGCUAAAGGGAAUAGUGAGACUUCAAGCAAUAGUUCGCGGCCGAGCAGUGAGACGCCGAAUAGAAGCCAGUUUGAGGCAACCAAUGAUCGACGAAAGAAGGAAACCGCAAGCGUCUCACAGAAGAAGUCUUAUGGCAGAAAGGAGUUGCAACAACUGUGGAGACAAAGUGUCCAUCAACCCAAAAGAAGAGUUUGAGGAGGAUGAUAUAAAGCUUGAUUUGAACGGUCUGAGGAAUUGGGAUGGCAGCAGUCUCUCUAAAAAGGGAAUGGAAGCCUUGAAAUUGAGAAAGCAAGAGGCCCUUAUCAAAAGGGAAAGAAUGUUGAAAUACUCAUUUUCACACAGAGAAGGAAGAAGUGUGGAAAUGGGAGAAGAAAGUCCAGGGAGAAGUAUGAAGCCUAUGGUGCGCAUAAACUUAAUAAGUGAUAAUGAAAUGUAUGGAAAAAGGAGUGGGAAUGUGAAGGUGAGCUCAGAAUAUUCAUUCCCAAGGAGAUCUUUCUGCCAUGUGAAGAAUAAUAAUAACUCAUCAGGUCACAGUUACAUGCCAAGCUCCCCAGUUUUUCCAACAUACAUGGCUGUGACUGAGUCCGCCAAGGCCAAGACAAGAUCAAUCAGCACUCCAAAGCAAAGGCUAUCACUUCUCAAUGAUCUCUCAUUUUGGUCAUCUUAUGAUGGAGAUUUGAUCAGGGAUAUCUCAACCCAUCUUUGACCAAUAUUAUUAUUGCCAGCAUUCACACAUUUUCUUUUUUAUCUUUCUUAUGUUAUUUGUCUGUGUGCUUCUGCUCCCACUGAGCAAAUCUUUCUCCUUGUAUCUCUUCUUCUUCUUUUUCUCUAUUUGGAGUUGGCUUGCUCCCCUGUGCUAUAUAUGAGAUUUGAUUUUGUUUUUUACCAUUCUAUCUUCUUUUCAAAGUUCAUUCAUCAAGCAACAUAAGCUCUGUUACGAGUGGGCGAAAUUAGGACAGGAGGGGAGAUUAAGGAAGCAACGUGGGUUGAGCCUCUUGGAUUAAGUCGAUCGAGCUGCACCACCUUACUAGACCAGAACAGAUCAGACUCGACCUAACUUGAGGAGACUCCAGGUCGGGGCGGCCAGGGCGAGGGAUGUUCUAUAACUCUACUCUUUACUAUUCUCAAAUGAUUUCUUUGUCUAAUUUAGUCCUCAAGCAUCACACCGGUACGUAGAUCUAUUACGUGUGCAAGUGUUGUUUGAAACCCGAAUCUAAAUCCUGCAAUUACAAAUGGCUAGAGCUUCUAGCCACGUCCUAAGUCUUCUUCAUUCUUCUUUCA